CAGGUCUCAGUCUCAGCUGAUUUCUGUUCCAGACCGAAAUCGUCGAAAUCUUAAUUGGCUGCAAUUGGUGUAGUUACAAAAAAAAAAUGUUGAAUAUAUUACGUUCGCGAUGCAUCGCUCACAGCAGUUUCUUAGCUCCGUUGCAAUCAAGGUGGUCUUCGUCGAUCGAACACACACUUCAAGUUAGAAAAGACAUUGAAUCGAAACGAGAACUCUCCAGACAAGGAGGUGGGCCCAAACGUAUUGCUUCUCAACACAAAAAGGGAAAAUUGACUGCUCGAGAAAGGAUUGAUCUUUUGUGUGAUGAUGAUUCCUUUGUCGAAUAUGAUGCAUUCGCAGAGCAUACCUGCACAGAUUUUGGAAUGGAUAAAGAAAAGUACCCUGGUGAUUCAGUAGUUACUGGUCAUGGUCUGAUAAGAGGUCGAUUAGCUUAUAUUUUUAGCCAAGAUUUCACAGUUUUUGGGGGCAGUUUGUCAUCCAUUCAUGCUCGCAAAAUUUGCAAGAUCAUGGAUGAAGCAAUGACUGUGGGAGCACCUGUUAUUGGCUUGAAUGACUCUGGUGGAGCUAGGAUUCAGGAAGGUGUGGAAUCUUUGGCUGGGUAUGCAGAUAUUUUCUUGAGAAAUGUCAUGGCAUCUGGUGUUGUUCCACAGAUUUCUCUUAUUAUGGGGCCAUGUGCAGGAGGUGCUGUCUAUUCUCCUGCGCUUACGGAUUUCACUUUCAUGGUCAAGGAUUCUUCAUAUCUUUUCAUCACUGGACCUGAUGUUGUCAAGUCGGUGACCAAUGAAGAUGUUACUUUUGAGGAGCUUGGUGGAGCAAAGACACACACAACCAUUUCUGGCGUGGCCCACAAAGCAUUCGAAAACGAUGUAGAGGCUCUUCUUCAACUUAGAGACUUCAUGGGAUAUCUUCCUCGGUCAAAUAAAGAUCCAUCUCCAAUUCGGGUACCCUCUGAUCCUUGGGAUCGAGAGGUUCCCGGAUUGGAUAGUGUUGUUCCAUUAGAAUCAACAACCGCCUACGACAUGCUGGAUAUUAUUAAUUCAGUUGUGGAUGAAAGAGAAUUCUUUGAAAUUAUGCCAACAUCUGCUAAGAAUAUUAUUGUGGGUUUCGCAUGCAUGAAUGGUCGUUCGGUUGGCAUUGUUGCAAACCAACCCAAGGUCGCGGCUGGUUGUCUGGAUAUCGACGCAUCGGUGAAGGGUGCGAGAUUCGUCCGCUUCUGUGACGCUUUCAACAUCCCGAUAAUAACGUUUGUCGACGUUCCCGGAUUUUUGCCUGGUACGGCGCAAGAGUAUGGAGGCAUCAUUCGGCAUGGAGCCAAGCUUCUGUACGCUUUCGCUGAAGCAACAGUCCCCAAAAUUACUAUUAUCACCCGAAAGGCUUAUGGAGGAGCAUAUGAUGUCAUGAGCUCUAAGCAUCUUAGAGGAGACAAAAACUAUGCUUGGCCAACUGCUGAAAUCGCUGUUAUGGGCGCUAAGGGUGCUGUUUCCAUCUUGUACCGAGGAAAGGGAAAUGUAGAUCAGUAUGAACAGGAAUACAUCAAGAAAUUUGGAAAUCCAUUCCCAGCUGCCGUUAAAGGCUUCGUCGAUGAUAUUAUAGAACCACGAAUUACUCGCCGUAGGAUUUGCCAAGAUCUUAACGUGUUAGCUGCCAAAUCGCAGAGGAAUCCAUGGAAAAAACAUGGUAAUAUUCCUCUUUAAAUGUACUGCAAUUGUACUGUACGUACAGUGUAAAAAUGAGUAUAAUAAACACUUGUUGAAUGUGA